CAAAAUAAUCAUGUCGGCCACAAACGAUAUCACACCUUUUACAGCACAACAAGAACCUGAACCCAUCUUUAAAAAGAGAUCAGCCAACAAAAAGAACCUGAAACGUAAAGCGCCAGUCAAGUUACAAAGCGAUUCCGACGACGAUGAUUCCGAGGACGACAUGGCCUCAGAAGUCGUAACAAAAGAACGCAAAACCGUAAAGAGUCCGUUUGUACAAGGCACACGUAAAAGACGAGUUAAGAAGGGUAGUGACGAUGAAGAAGACGACUCGAUUGGUGUUCAAUAUACAGCAGAUCGUUCAGCCACUUUGCAAAAGAGUGAUGCUGCACGAUAUGAUACCGAGUGGGAACUGGAAAAGAAAGAAAUCGAUAAAAAGGGCAAAGAGGCUCCCAAGAAGGACGUCAUGAACGCUAAAAUGUCUGUGGGGCCUCAACGAGCUCCUGCUAACUUAAGAGUGACUCAGCGAUUCGAUUACCAACCUGACAUUUGUAAAGAUUACAAGGAAACCGGAUUCUGUGGCUAUGGUGAUUCCUGCAUCUUCUUACAUGACCGUGGUGAUUACAAGACAGGGUGGCAAUUAGAAAAGGAAUGGGAGGAUGCACAAAAGAACCACACUAAAUUUGGCUCUUCUGAUCCCAACAAGUACGCAAUUUCUGAUAAUGACUCGGACGAUGAAUUACCGUUUGCUUGUUUGAUUUGCAGAGAAGAGUUUAAAAACCCCGUUGUCACCCGUUGCGAGCAUUACUUUUGUGAGGCGUGUGCCAUCAAAAAUUACAAAAAGUCACCCAAAUGCUAUGCCUGUGGCAAGCCCACUCAGGGCGUAUUCAACACUGCCAAGAAAAUGCUGGAAAAAUUAGAACUCAAGAAGAAACGACAGGACGAAGGCAAAGAUAGCGAUGUGGAAAAUGACGACUUUAUUGAAGGUUUAGAGACAAAGGACGACAGCGAGGAAGAAGAUUAAUACCAUGUAGAAAAAUAAAAAUAAAUGUUGUAUUUUAUCAAUUGUCCCACGAGACAAUCGAUAGACAUAAAUAAUUAAAUGUGUAUCGAUAGGCAUCUGAAGGAUUAGA